GGGAAGACACUGUGUUCUUGGCGACAGGUAUACACCUGCCCGGGGCCGUCGACUGGGUGAUGAUGCAAUGCUGUUUCGACCACUACUUCAUGUUGGUUCUGGAGAAACAGGAGAGACACGAAGGACAUCAGCAGUUCUUCGCAGUCGUUCAGUUGAUAGGGACAGAGAAAGAGGCCAACGCUUUCAGGUGUGUUUGUGUGUUAUAGGUAUGCGGAUUUGCCAUAUUAACCAUCUCUUUUCUCUGGAUUUCCUUUCUUCCUUGCACCAUGUCUUCCUCUGUUGUUUUCUUAACUCACUAGAUACGUUGGAGCUGGUGGGUCAUGGUAGAAAGCUAACAUGGGAAGUAAAGCCUCGAAGCAUCCACUGCAGUGUAUCAAGUGCCAUUUGCAGCAACGAUUGCCUAAUAUUCGAGACUGCAGUGGCUUCACAUUUCGGAGACAAUGGAAACCUUGCUAUCAAUGUCACAAUCUACAAGACAUCGUAUUACUGACACACCCCUCAUAUCUGUAGUCAUAGUAACUUAUGCACCAUAUUAUAUGCAAUAAUAUGCCUUUGUUCAAUCACAGUAAUUGUACUGUCUUUACGUGUGUUGUAUCAUUUUGCUCUCUAUGUGGUGUGUCUGUAAUGAUGUAGUUGAAGGU